AAUGAAAAGUGUGUCUGUACAAAUAUUUAUCUGUUUAAGUACAUUUUGUCUAAAUUUAGUGGCUGGAUAGUUUUUUUAAAAGUAAAAUAAAAAAAUUUACACAAUGACCAGAAAAAUAACGGCGGCCAUCUUUCUCUCUCUCCUAAUUUCGAAAUCCAGAACUACCGAGAGCGUGGACCCAACUGUUGUUGUGGAUGUCGAGGAACCGUUAAAAUUCGACGAUAUCGUUGAUCGACGAUUUUACGAUAAAAUGCGGCCGCCGAAACCUGGCGGAAACCCAACCAAAGUGAUGUUCCACGUGACCGUUCUCAGUUUAGACAGCAUUAACGAGGGGUCUAUGACUUAUGCAGCAGAUAUUUUCUUUGGGCAAAGCUGGAACGAUCACAGAUUAAAGCUGCCGGCAAAUAUGACCCAAGAAUAUCGUCUCCUGCCAGUCGAAUGGUUGCAGGAUAUUUGGCGCCCAGACAGUUUCUUUAAGAACGCUAAGCAAGUAACCUUCCAACGAAUGACCAUCCCGAACCAUUAUCUUUGGUUGUACAAGAGUAAACAGAUUAUGUACAUGGUCAAGUUGACCCUUCUCCUGAGCUGUUCAAUGAAGUUUAACAAAUAUCCACAUGAUGAACAGCUCUGUAGACUCUCAGUUGAAAGCAUUUCCCACACGACGGAUGAUCUUGUUUUUGAAUGGCUACCGGAUGAAGAAAUACCCCUAGUAGUCGAACCAGGAAUUGAGCUGCCCCAACUGGAGUUGAUCUCUAACUACACAGCUGACUGUACAGCACAUUACUCAACUGGAAAUUUCACGUGCUUAGAAGUCGUCUUUAAACUAAGACGGCGCUUAGGGUAUUUUAUGUUCCACACGUAUAUCCCAACUUGUCUGAUUGUUAUGAUGUCCUGGAUAUCGUUCUGGAUCAAGCCAGAAGCAGUACCUGCUCGUGUAACACUAGGAGUCACUUCUCUUCUCACACUUUCUACCCAACAUGCUAACAGUCAGAAAUCCCUCCCUCCUGUCUCUUAUAUCAAGGCUAUUGACAUGUUCAUGUCCUCGUGCACGUUCUUUGUGUUCUUCAGUUUGAUAGAGUAC